AUGGAACGAGUGCGAUGGCGCCAAAUAAUGGAUAGUCUAAGAAAUGAUGGAUCAUCGAUGAACAGAAGACGUUACGAGCUACCUCCUAGUUCCAUAUCUCUACAAACACAUCGUUCAGCUGUAGCACCCUUCCGGUGCCUAACUGCUAUGCUACCCGAAGGUUGCACGAGUGCUGGGAUACUACCAGUUUGCCCAAGCCUAGACAGGGGAAGUCGAGAGGCAGAGGUCGGGUUCGAACCGCAGACCUUCCAGUCAGUAAAUUCGCGCUCUAACCCCUUGGGUGGGAUACUGCCAGUUUGCCCAAGCCUAGACAGGGGAAGUCGAGAGGCAGAGGUCGGGUUCGAACCGCAGACCUUCCAGUCAGUAAAUUCGCGCUCUAACCACUUGGGCCAUCUCGCUCCUACCAACACAUCACUGUUGCGAACUUCCUGUUUUCGAAGUUUCGCUGCCGUGUAUUGCUCCCACGCCGUGCACAGUACUGUGUGCAUGAUUUUCCGUUCUUUACCGGCUUUUGAAAUGACUGGCAAUGAAGCGAACAGUGUCAUAAUUCCUGAUAGCUAUCCACAUCUACCACUGGACUUGUUUUGUAUGCCCAAAACGUAUGAGAAUACUCUGUCCCACAUUAUGAUCCCUGAAGGCAUGGUGAGAGAUAGGGUUAAGAAGAUGGCACUAGAAAUUGUGAAGUUUUAUGAGCACAGUGGCUCUGGUCAACCGCUUACUUUACUAUGUGUACUUAAGGGCGCAGUCCGCUUUCUUGGGGAGUUGCACCACGCAAUGGAAAAGAUAAUCAGAGCCAAGGAACUGGACCUUGAGUUAGAACAGUCAUUCGUUCGGUUACAAAGCUACCUGAAUGAUAGGUCCGUUCAGGAGCCAGUGAUUACAGGCCUUCACGAUCCAUCGGAAUUCAAGGAUAAAGACAUACUCAUAGUUGAGGAUCUCAUUGACACGGGAAGGUCGAUGCGGGCCUUGUUGGCUCAACUUGAUGACCUAUCUCCUCUAAGGGUGAAAAUAUCUAGUUUGCUGGUCAAGCGAAUCCCGUCUGGUAUCCAGGUCAAACCCGACUUUGUUGGAUUCGAAAUUCCGAAUGAAUUCGUCGUCGGUUAUGCUUUGGACUACAACGAGCACUUUCGUGACCUGCCACACAUAUGUGUAAUCAACCAGCACGGUCGCGAAAAGUAUUACGUUCGACGUCAAUGA